AUGCUGGAUUUCACAACAUAUCAAUACGAACCCACAGGCGUGUGCACAAGCGCAGACGACGACCGAAUAAACUUAUGGGACGCGUUCUACGCCACCCGCUGCUGCCGCAACGCCCUCAACGCCAUCUCCAAGGCCAUGGCGCUCUACGUGAACCAAACCAACCCCAAUAACCUAUUCCUCACGCAGCAGAUGUGGGCCAACUGCAGCAACCCCUUCCCCCUCCAGCCCACCAUCUCCCUCCAGGGCUGCGCCCUCCAGAACCUCUUCGCCGGGAGCAGCCGUUGCUCCACCGACCUCUUCAUGCCCACUCUCCUGCAGAUGAAGCAAUACCAGGUUGCCCUCGACGACUGCUCCGGCUUCCGCAUCGCUGGAGGGUUCGAUCAGGUCUGUGGCAGCUGCAUCGAAGCCGUGGCCGCGCUCAGAGGGGCUCUCAUGGAUGGCUUUGGCAUACGAGAAGAAAAUGGGAAUGAAAACGCCGCCUGUGGGUUCGCCGCCGUCGUCUCCGUCGCGGCCGGGAAGAUUGGGAACCGCUCGGAUUUUGAUAGCUUCUUCCAAUGCCUGCCUGCCUUGGACAAUUUGAGAUCCGGCUACUUGAAAAUUAGAGAUUCAGUAGCAAAGGCCUUAGUGGCUGCAGUAGCCGGAGUGCUGGUUCUGCUCCUCAUCAUCCUCCUAGUAAAGCACGCGAGCAAGAAGAAGAAGAUGGCCAAGCCGUGCGCCUCAAACGACACGUCGACCUGGUCGGGGCUGUACCGGUUUGCCAAGGAGGAGAUCGAGAGGGCGAUGAACUUCGGGAGCGAGAAGACGAGCCUGGGGCGGGGCAGCGCCGGGCAGGUGUACAAGGGAAUUCUGCCGAGCGGGCAGCUGGUGGCGAUAAAGAAGAUAUUUCAGAGCAAUACUUCGGAUUCAUUCAUAAGAGAAGUUGAAGGGCUGUCUAGGGUUCGCCAUCCAAAUCUGGUGUGCCUCUUGGGAUGCUGCAUUGAUAAUGGGGAGCAAUAUCUUGUGUAUGAGUAUUGCGAGCAAGGCAACCUGGCUCAGCAUCUCUUGAGAAAAGACACAGUGCUAACAUGGGAAUUAAGAGUGCAGAUUUUGAGAGACUGUGCCCUUGCACUGAGGUAUCUCCAUCAAUAUGUAGAUGGCUGCAUAGUCCAUAGAGAUAUUAAGCUAACAAACAUACUUUUGACUGAGAAAUUGGAGCCGAAAUUGUCGGAUUUUGGGUUGGCAAGGAUGUUGGGAAUGGAUGAGACAAAAGUUUUCACAGAUGUUAGAGGGACAAUUGGGUAUAUGGAUCCUGAAUACAUGAGCAAUGCCAAGCUCACUUGUGCAAGUGACAUUUAUAGUUUUGGCAUUGUGGCUCUUCAGCUCUUAUCAGGUCAAAAGGUCAUUGAUUUGGAUCUUGAUGCAAGAGAUCAAUUGACAAGAAAGGCCAAAGACGUAAACAUGGGGUUGAGACCACUAAGUGAUUUUGAAGAUCCAAGGCUGAAAGGAAACAUAAACAAAGCAGACUUCGAAUCCAUUUUACAAGUGGCUGUUCUUUGUGUGGCUAAGUCAAGCAAAGGCCGACCCACAAUCGACAUUGUCUUCGAGGAAAUGGACAAAGCAUGCCACAAUACACAUGCCAACUCGAGGGCAAAGCAACAGAUGAACUCGCCAGCAACCUCAUUGUCUAGGCCAUGGGAGUCGAAGGUUGUAGUUCGUUCGGAGGCGACUGAUGUCGAACGACAGCACAUAGCUCGUGUUAUGCAUCCACCAGUGGCCCCUGUCGGACCUCCUGCACCCACAGAACUUGCUACAGAACCACUAGCUACUACUUCCACCGCUCAGAAGUCUCCCGUUACUGGUGAGGUUGGGGAUCCAAUUGAGCUCGAUGAUGUAGCAAAGGAUGCUUCCCCAGUGGUUGAUCAUGUAACAGAAGAUAUUAUUGAGACCGAUGGAGGAUAA